AUGCUCGCCAUCGAGACCGGAGGACACAAGAUGUCGGAACGGAGCCGCCUCAUGAUUCUCGCAACAGCCCUCAAAAGCAUCAACCCGGCUUUCGAGGCUCAAUUCAAUGCACUCGCCGACGACACGGCCACAGAGGCCGUUCUCAAGGCACUCGACCACGUCGAGGCCUCCCAUCAUGCCAGCCCCAGCUCUGACACCAUCCUCUACGCCGGCCAAGGCCAGCACCACGGGCGUCCGGCAUUCCAACACCGUCAAGCGCCGUACGGCGCGCACGCGCAGACGCCGCCGAACUCUCUGCCACCGCGGCACCCGACUGGGCCUCGCUUGCCACGCCAGCAACGUCGUGACAACUGGGGCAGCGACAGAGGCCGCUGGUGCUCCCUGCACAACUCCAGUGGUCACUCGCUGGAGGAAUGUCGCGAGGCUGCCGCUCGUGGUCUCGCCGGCGCCACGCCUCGAGCUACUCCCCAGACCGCGCACACCGCCGCUCUUGCUGCGAUGACUGCCGCCGCCGUCGCGGCUGCGUCUUCUUUCCUGCUACACACGCCGCAGUCGUCCAUUCUCGCCGCCAUGACCGCCGCCACCGCUGCAGCCCACCCAAGCGAUUUCGCCAUUGUCAGUGAGUCUGCUGCCGGUGCUGCUCUCUCCUCUGAGCCGACACCCAAUAAACCAUUCCAGAACUACUCAGUCUUCUCCCUGGUCGCGCCCAUCCAUCUACCUACCAUCGCCGACACCAGCGCCACGCAACACACCACCAACCAAAGGGACCUGCUCCACAACUUCAUUCCUCUCGCGCUCCCGUCGAGGCUGGUGUGCGCCGACGGCGGACACAUCGAGUGUCUGGGGCACGGCACCCUGCGCAGCACCACCAUUGUCGACGGCCAGGCCAGCAACAUCAUGAUGUGUGAUGUCGCAUACAUACCUGGCGCUUCACACACUCUGAUCUCACCUCAGCAGCUACUGGAUGCCGGGUGCCGGGUCGCGUUCGACCAGCAAUGCGGAUUCCUAUUCUACCUGGACGACAAACUACACCUGUUCAGCUACUGGAGUGGGAACCUCUACUAUUUCAACAUCACCUUCACUCCAGCUGACAUUGCCACACCACAUGCCGCGCUUGUGGCGGCCACCUCACCACUGUGCCUUGAUCUCAUUCACCAUCGGCUUGGCCACGUCAGUGAACGGCGAUGCCACGAGUUCGUCCGGCAGUCCGCCGACCUCAGCGAGCGUGAGAAGCGCGCGGCUCUGUCAUCCUCGCUGUCGCCCAUCUGUGACGUCUGCCUUGCUGGGAAGCAGACCGUGCGUGGCGUCAGCAGGGUACCAUGCACGAACCACUCCGUGCGAGGCGCCUACCCCGGCGAUCUCCUCUCACUUGACCUGAUUGGGCCGAUGAGGCACCAAUCAGCUGGUGGGCACGCCUACCUACUCACCGUCACCGAUUCGUACUCGCACAUGCAUUUCGUUCGCCCGCUGCCCAACAAGACCUCCACCGCCAUCCAUGCGGCUCUUCAGGCGAUUGCUGCCUCGUUCCCUCCGGCGGUGCGCAUCCAUCAGGUCCAUCUCGACAACGCACGCGAGCUCAACGCGCUCAUGGGUGCAUGGAUCCUUGACAUCGGCGCCAAAAGGGAGCCUACACCACCCUACACGUCUGAAUACAACAGUGUCGUCGAGCAGUUUAACCGCGAGGUUAUGACGCGCGUUCAGUGCCUGCUCUUCAACGCUCGCCUCCCCAGCGAGUGGUGGGCUGAGGCUGCACGCUACGCAUGCAACGUCAUCAACCUGACGCCCACUCAGGCCAACCUGGACAGUCGGAUGCGCCUGCACGCACACGAGCGGCACAAGAUCUCCAAGCAGUCUGUGCCUGUGCGCUUCAUGAGCGUGGUGGACUACUCACUGUCCACCUACUGGGUCUACAUUGUCAGCCAACGCCGCAUUGUCGACACAGACCGCGUCGACCCAUGA